UUUUGUUUAUCCUCCUCCUCCUCCUCACCCCGCCUCUUGCGCUCACUCUCUCACUCCACUCUCCUGCUUCACAUUUCUGCAGAGAUGAAUGUCGAAAAACUUAUGAAGAUGGCCGGUUCGGUCCGCACUGGUGGGAAGGGUACAAUGAGAAGAAAGAAGAAGGCUGUACACAAGACGAACACAACAGAUGACAAAAGGCUUCAAAGCACCUUGAAGAGAAUAGGAGUGAAUGCCAUACCUGCAAUCGAGGAAGUUAAUAUUUUCAAGGAAGAUGUAGUUAUACAGUUCGUCAACCCCAAAGUGCAAGCAUCUAUUUCAGCCAACACAUGGGUUGUUAGUGGCACUCCUCAGAACAAGAAGUUGCAGGACAUUCUUCCUCAAAUUAUCCACCAGUUGGGCCCGGAUAACUUGGAGAAUUUGAAAAAGUUAGCAGAGCAAUUCCAGAAGCAGGCACCUGCUGGGGCUUCUGGUGCUGCAGAAGAUGACGAUGAUGUACCAGAACUUGUAGCGGGCGAGACGUUUGAAGCUGCUGCUGAAGAGGGAAACACCCAGACCUCUUAAGGCCUCCUAUUUUCAAUUUUGGAGACCAUUGCUUAUAUUUUCCAUGUUUCAGGAGGAUCUCUAACAUUACUUUGUCCCCUUAAUUUAACAAUGCUUUACUGAUUCAUAUAUCAGCUUGUUUUGAGUGA